UUUAUUUCGGCUGUUUUGUUGUCAUAAUAAUUUAAUGAAUUUAUAAAAUAAUCUUUACAUAAUAACUUUAAUAGUACAAUGUGGGACAACGUGAUAGUAUAAUUGAUUUUUUAGAAGUUUUAAUUCAAUAUAUUUGAUUAAAAUUUGUUUACAUAUCCCGUUAAGUGGUUCAUUGUUUGAAGGAUACAAUCGAAAAGAAAGGUCUCAGCAUCUCUCAGGCGAUCGUGAUGUCAUAAAUUGAACCCGAACGAUGUAAGAAUGUCGCGCGUACUCAGCGCGCUGAACGGGGCGCUGCCGGACUCGCGGCCGCUGCUCUCGCUCCAAAUAGUCGAGACUAUCGCCAAGUGCCCCGCCGGCUAUGUGGCCGUCAGCCGGACCUACGAUGAAGACGCCGACGCUGGGCUGCUGCGGCAGAACGGGCUGUUCGGCAAGAAGCCCACUCACUACAUCUGCCUGUCCAAGUCUGAGGGCGUCCCGGGCUACGUGAUGGACGGUAUAGCAGUGGUCGGCGAACGCGAGGCGGCCCCGUCUGGCUACAGUGUGGCCGGGCGGGCGGGCAAGCGGCGUUUGUGUACACGAGUGUCAAGAGGGGCGGCAGAGACGCGCUUGCCACCCGUGACGGACGUGAUCGUAUGCUCGCGGAUGCGGCAGGCGCCGCGAGGAUUUAUAUUAGCUGGUGAGAUAAACGGCAAGAUGGUAUGCUACAAAGUCGGCGACGGCAGCGUCGAGUCCUCGCCAACGCACACACAGAAUGAGUACGAGAACGUCGUCUCCAAUACUACUCCUGAGGCCAAUAGAAGUUCUGUAUCUUCGAAACUGUAUCAUGACAUCUUAGUUUGGACAAAUAGACUGCGAGUGGCGCCCGAGAGGCCUCCGAAGCUGUCCCCGAUCAUAUCGGACUUGAAGAACAUGAACGUGAGCGCGUAUCCGAACAUAGAGGAUUUCACCACGGGUCACGAUUACGAGGCCCUGAGUCCGUCUUACAACAUCAAGCCGGCGAGGCCGGCGCCCAGGCCUCCGUCAACGGAGUCCCCCGUGACGUCACCGCCGCCCCAGAUCCGCAAGAAGGGCCCCGCGCCGCUUCCGCGUAACAACUAUCAGACGCUCGGCGGCUACAGCGGCCUAGAGGGCGUGCCGUUCGUGCUCAACUCUAGGCUUAGGGGGCUUCCGGACGACGCUUUAACUCGGUUUCCUAUGAUCAAAAAGCGUACUCGCUUCGAACUGGACCGGGACUACUCUUACUCCUUCACCGCGGAGCGGCAGACGUGAGACGACCAGAAAUGCACCUUAAACACAGGCACACAAGGCUCAGUUUGACAUGGCAGUAGCGGGUACUUUAGCGUAAGAACAUUUUGAAACAGGUGCCAAUCUUACUCAUUCACGGUGAAGCGACAGGCGUGAGACGACCAGAAAAGCACCUUAAACACAGGCACACAAGGCUCAGUUUGACAUGGCAGUAGCGGGUACUUUAGCGUAAGAACAUUUUGAAACAGGUGCCAAUCUUACUCAUUCACGGUGAAGCGACAGGCGUGAGACGACCAGAAAAGCACCUUAAACACAGGCACAUAAGGCUCAGUUUGACAUGGCAGUAGCGGGUAUUUUAGCUUAAGAACAUUUUGAAACAGGUGCUAAUCUUACUCAUUCACGGUGAAGCGACAGGCGUGAGACGACCAGAAAAGCACCUUAAACGCGGGCACAUAAGGCUCACAUUGACAUGGAGGUAUUUUUACACAUGAUUGUGAAGUAGUAGUAGUUGAGCACUGUAUCGUAUAUGAUACAUCCUCUAUAUUCUGUCUGUAUCAUAAAUGAUACAUCAAAAAAAAGGUACGCUGAUGCGCGUAAUCAUUGAAGGUAAUCUUCUGUAAUGAAUAACAUAUUUUACUAAUGAAAUAAAUAUUAAUGGACUUAGGCAUACAUUAUUAAACUUACGAUUUAUCAAGUAUUGGCAUU